CGAGUGGAUAGCCUUCCUUAUUCCGGGACUUUAAAAAUGAAAGAAAAAUGCUGUAACUCAUAUGUAACUCAUAUAAGAUGCUGCUUGGAAGACUGAGUGACACGGGCUACCGUCUGGAAUAUUUCCCGUGCGUUUUGCUGUUCGUAGAUUUAUGAGUUACUAACUUAUGUGAGAAAUGCUGACAUAAUAGAUUUAUUGUGGAGAAACAAUGAGUGUUUAAGUAUAAGAGAAAUUCGGUCGUGCUAUUUAACUGAAUGGAAUUACAUUAACGUUAUUUGUUAAUUGAAUUUCUGGUAGCAAUCCACGUGCGGGUUGGUAUGAAGUGUUGAGACAGUUAUCUUUUCUGUGAUGAUGCAUUUAUUUUGUCCACGAAACCACCCUUUGAGGUAACAUCUAUUUAGCUGUGAUAACGCAUCUGAGGAUUAACUUACGUUCACUAUAACAUUCACUAUGACAUUCCAUAAUACUUGGAUUACUUUUAUAUUAUGGACUUGCAUUGUGGUCAUAUGGACGACUGUGGACUGCGAAGGGCGACGUUCCCAGCAAUACCAGGCGGACGGACAGGUCACGUCGUUAAAGGGAGCAAACGUUUGUGGGUCUGCAAACCGUCGGCGGUGUUGUAGGGGCUGGUCCAUACCACAGGGCAGUACAAAGUGCGUUUUGCCAAAAUGCAGUGGAAACUGUGGAGGUGCAGGAAAUUGCAUGAGGCCAGGUCUUUGUUUGUGCUUCACCGGGGAGCUCGCCUCUUACUGCGGAUCAUCUGGUGGAGGAGGAAGCCUGUUAUCCUUGUGUGAGCCAGCGUGUCAAAAUGGUGGAGUAUGUGUAGCCAGAAACCUGUGUCGUUGUCCAAGUGGCUUCUCGGGUGGAAGUUGUGAAAAUGACCAGCGAACGGGACCAUGUUAUACCAACCUUGAAAACAACAUGUGUCGAGGCCAGAUCCCUAAUGUUGUGUGCACAAAGCAUCUGUGUUGUGCUACAGAGGGCAUGGCAUGGGGUGAUCCAUGCGAAGCGUGCCCCGCAAACCCCCAUCCCUGCCGCAGGGGCUACGUUCUUAACCUUGCCAAGAACACUUGCCAAGACAUAGAUGAGUGCAAGUACAUACCGGGUCUGUGUGUGGAGCGGCACCUCUGUGAGGAGAACUACUGUUUCCAACGUGUGGUGAAUGGAAAGUGUACAAGUGGCCUGCCACCAAGACAUCUUUGUCUGAUGCUGCUGUGGGGUGGGGAAGGGCUGGGGAUCCGAAGACUUGUGUCAGCUCUGUCGGCACAGAAUACAGAUGCCUAUGAAAGACUGUGCUUAGACCGGAGCCCAGUUGGCACAGAUGAGUGUUUCAUACUUCAGCAAUCGUCUGUAAGAAUGGUCGAUGUGUUGACACCACAUAUUCGUACAGAUGUGAGUGCUACGAUGGCUACAGCGUACUCCGAGUCACAGAGAAGUGUUCGUCAAGGAAAAAUUAAAAAACUGACAACAAUACCUCACACCCACAAGGACUCAUACACAAACUAG